CCCCAGCUCUCUCUUGCACACCUACCUAAGUAUUCAACAGAUAACUCGCCACGACACCAUGGCAUAUAACUUCGUUCGAUCCUACAUAGACACCUUCCGUGAGCGCACCGCAGCUAUCAGCCACACGUCGACCUUCAGAAGCACUGGCCAGAUUACCCCGGAGGAGUUCGUCCUUGCCGGUGACUUCUUGGUGUUCAAGUUCCCUUCGUGGGAGUGGGCUGAUGCGUCUUCGCCGUCGAAACGUGUCCCGUAUCUUCCUGAAGGAAAACAGUUCCUAGUAACGCGAGGAGUGCCUUGUCACCGCCGCCUUGACGACAACUUUGCUGGAGAGGCUGGCCAAGACGAGACUCUGGUCCGUGACGGUUUCGCUACUGGCGAGGGCGAAGCAGACGAUGAUGGGUGGUUGAGGACUGGCGGCAUGGCAGCUAGCCAGGAAGCGAAGGUUAAGGACGUGCGAACGGUCGAUGAGAGCGGGAAUCUUGGGGCCGCCGAGGAUGAUGAUGAGAUACCUGACAUGGAGGAUGACGAUGACGAUGAAGAGGCCAUCAUCAGGGAACCGCAGGGAAGCGGAAACACAUCUGCACCUCUCCGAACCUACACCCUCUAUAUUUGCUACUCCGCACACUACCGAACACCUCGCCUAUACCUGUCAGGUUACGGCUCUGCGUCAGCGCCACUAAAGCCCCAGGAGAUGAUGGAGGACAUUGUUGGCGAUUACAAGGACAAGACAGUCACCAUCGAGGACUUCCCAUUCUUUGAUCACACCAUUAAGACAGCCUCUGUACACCCGUGCAAACACGCAUCCGUGAUGAAGGUCCUCUUAGACCGUGCUGAUGCUGCAUUAAAGCUCAGGCUAGCCAAGCUCAAGGCUGGUAAAGACGUUCAUAAAGUGGAUAGUGGAAUGGAAGGCCUCGUGGAUGACACCAAGUUGCUGAAACUGACAGAGCAGGCGAAGUCUAAAGAUGGUGAAGAAGGCAAGGAUAACGAGUGGGAAGUGCUUGAGGGUGGCUCUGAGGAAGAUGAGGUUGCUAUCCGCGUGGAUCAAUACCUCGUCGUCUUUCUGAAGUUCAUGGCCAGUGUCACUCCAGGUAUAGAACAUGACUUUACUAUGGGAGUUUAGUCCCCUUACGAUCCGACCACUUUAUCUCUUUCUCGGUCCUAUUUUCCACAUGUUUUUUGGAAAAUUACACUUUAGGGCCUAGAUGUAUCAAUCUAAAUUAGGCGUUCCAAGGCACAGAAGGCUAAGGUGGCAUAUGUAUAGCGGGCGUUUGGACAAGGCUUUCGAGGAGUCCCAUUAUGAUUUUUAGCAGCCCGACAGCAAAGAAUGCAGUGGAGUAUUCUGACCACGCACUACCGGUUCUUCACUAGUGACUGGUAGGCAUCUUACGCUUACAAUUUCAAAGGCAGCCAUUUGAAGCAGCGAUAGGCAUCAAAAGCAACAAUGCAAGCAGCAGGCAUCAG